UAGUCUUCUUCUUGAUAAUUAGGGUUUGCGUUGUUUAUCCUCAGUUUCAUUUUUUUUUGCUUCUUAAAUUAGCAUUCAUGUUUCAAGAAAUUUUAGUUUAGGGUUUCCGUACAUGUCACUGUUCGAUUUUGGGGGUUUUUUGAUUUUGACAAUCUGAGUCACUCGUAAUUUCACAGCUCUGAUAUUUAUUGGUCCUGAGUUUAAGUGUGCUGGAAAAAAAGCCAAUUUUAAGAAAAAUUGUGAUAAAGUUGCAGUUUAGGGUUUUGGGGAUAUGGAUUGUGAUCAAUACAAGUUAUUCGUUGGAGGGAUACCAAGAGAGACUAGUGAAGAGUCUCUGAAGCAACAUUUCAGUAGAUAUGGAGCUGUCUUGGGAGCUGUUGUUGCUAAGGAGAAAGCCACUGGUCAACCCAGAGGGUUUGCGUUUGUUCGCUUUGCCAAUGCUUAUGAUGUUGGUAAAGCUCUUAGGGAUUCUCAUUACAUUCUCGGUCGUGCCGUCGAUGUUAAAAAGGCGAUAACGAAACAUGAACAUAUGAGACAACAACCUAACGUGCAACAACCAUACGUGAACGAAGUUCAACAGAACAACAGUGGUGUUGUCCAUGAAAUGUUAAGCAAUGGUAAUAAGAACAACCAUAGGCCUAAGAAAAUAUUUGUUGGGGGCUUAUCGUCUGAGACAACUGAAGAAGAGUUCAAGACUUACUUUGAGAAAUUUGGUCGGACUACCGAUGUGGUUGUGAUGCAUGACAACGCGACAAACAGGCCAAGGGGGUUCGGGUUUGUCACUUAUGAUUCAGAGAACUCUGUUGAGAUAGUGAUGCAGAGUAGUUUCCAUGAAUUGAGUAACAAGCGUGUGGAGGUGAAACGUGCAAUACCUAGAGAAGGAAUCCAGAUCAAUAACGGUGGUAAUCAUAGAGUUCCUUCUACCUACAACAGCUUUCAAACGACACCGUAUGCGCAUGGGAGAAACGGACAUGAAAUGACUGUUCAGUAUCCUCCUGUCUUUGCUUAUCAUCAUGGGUUCCAAGGCUUUCACCAUCCUUAUGGCUACCCGGUCACAGCUCAAGGGGCUAACGUUCCAUGGAAUAACCUGAUUAUGCCAGCCACACCUGGGUUUUACUGUCCCCCUCCUCCUCUUUCUCCCACCAACACUCAUUAUUGUCUCCCUUACAUGAACGGGGUUGAUCUUGCCGGUAUGAGCGUUACUGCGUUCAAUGCUGUACCAUGGCCUGUAGCUGGUGAUGGAACUGUGGCCAUGCUACCUCGGCUAGAAGAUUUGAAGCUGGAGGUCCCUGGUGAAGCCUAUAAGAGAAUGAAUGGCGGGAACUUGGGGAAGCCAUUGCCCAAUGGUAUAUAUAGAUGACAGUUGCAGAAUGAAAUGUGCAGUUAGGCUGACAAGGUUAGAGAAAUUCUUUUGGACUUCAAUGGUUUUAGCCUAAAUGUCUUAGUUGAUUGGUCCUGUAUAUAUUAUUUAGCUAUUUGAUUUAACCCAAAGUAUAUGUAAUAUAUCACCCUGAUUUCGUUUAACUUCUCUUGCAUUAUGGGUUCGUUUAUUUUUUGUCUGAUUAUAU